AUGUUUGAGAUAUGUGUUUUAUGUUUAUUCGUACUUAUAAAAUCCCAAAUUGUACUGAAAGAAGAUGAAGAGUUUACCACAAAUAAUUUGAUGGUUUAUAAGGAUUUUAAGAAAAUAUUAUACAGAAAUUUCAUCACGUUUAAAAUAUAUGGUGAUUCAGAUUGUGGUUACAAAGUGGACUGGUUUAUUAAAAAUUGCAAAUAUCCGGUGAGAACUGGAUUUACAAAACCAUUAAUAUUAGAAACAAGCAUUUCGGUGUUAUUCCUCAGCGAACUUGCAAGUUUGAACUUGUAUGUCAACAAAAUUAACGUGCAUGAUUAUGUAUUUUGUGUUCUUUGUCCCAAAUUAAACAACGAACCAAAUUUGCAAGAAACUCUCGCAAAAUUUUGGAACUACAAAAUAUUAAAUUUUGUGUUCAUCUAUCGAGACACCGGAUUUCAAUUUUUAACAUACAAUCCCUUCCAAAAUGCGACGAUUUACUUAAACCAAUCAAAAGCACUAUUCCCAGAAAAACUUGUUAAUCUACACCAUCACAAAUUUAACGUGGGAGCUUAUAUAGACUUCCCCAAAAACGUAAAGAAAAAUAACAAAUGGGUGGGUGCAGACUUUAAUUUACUCUACAAAUACGUAAAAGUAAGAAAUGCCACAUACGAAAUUUUUGAAACAACUCAAACCAAUUUAACAAAACUACUUCAACAAAAAAUAGUGGAUUUCACGUUUGUACCAAGUUUUGUAUUGCUGGAAAAUAGUGCUUUUGCACUUAUCAGUUACCCUGUAACUAUGGAUAAUGUGGUGAUUGUGGUACCAAGGCCAAAAAUAAUAUUUGGGGCCACCUUUUCGAACGCCUUUGUGCAGUUUGCAGUACUGUUUAUGCUACCUUUAAUACUAACAAUUACAGCUAAACUUCUGUCUAAAAAUGUUAAAUUUUUCGAUUUGUUAUUCCGCUUAUAUAGCCCGUUGGUUUUACAGUCAAUUAAAACUCUGGACAAACAGAAGAAAACAAUAAGAAUACUCAUAUUUUCUUUGAUAGUUUUUGCUUUGAUCACCAGUAUAACAUACCAAGAUGGACUUAAGGUACAACUACUGAAACCAAAAUAUGUAGGAGAUAUAAAAACGAUUAAUGAGCUUCGUGACAGCGGCCUUAAAAUUAACAUAAAAGAUAAACUGAUUUCUUCCAUACCCACAACAUAUGGUCUGAAUAAACAGCUGAUACCAAGCGUGUACUCCCAAAUUUACGAUAAAAUUUUCAACAAAUCUGUCUAUGAAGCAUUUAUUUUGCCGAAUAGUAAAGCAAGUGCUUUGUUUAAACAUGAUGGAGCCAAAAUGGCAAAGAAAUAUAACUACAUAAAUGAAUAUCUAGUACCUGGGUUUAAUGUUUCGAAGUUGGGUACGGGUGGUCACAAGAAAAAAUCAAGAAACAAAAAAUAG